AUGUCGAGCUCCCAUGGAGCGGCGAAUGCGGCCCAGCAGGGCCGCGGUAACAGGACAGAUGCACAGGAUUCUACGGAAUAUGACGUUAUUUUGCCACAACUGCCAUCAGGUUCGUCUGUUUUAAAUACUGUUUUUCUUCACGGAAGCGUUAAAGCCAGGCCGUUUCGAGCUGAGGACUUCCGAGAUACAUUGGAUCGUCUGGAACUGCUCCCCGAGGUAGUUGCCCUGGGGGCGUUUCAGAUGAAUCACGUGUGGGCGGUCACCUUCAAGACUGCGGAAGGAAUGAAGAAGUUGCUCGCCGUCACUGAUGUGACUGUGAAGAAUCACCGCUGCCUCGUGAUAGAUCCGAGCACCCAUACUGUCCGCCUAAGGCUCUAUUGGCUGCUUUACCACAUACAAGAUGAAGACGUGCGCGCUGCUCUUGCACCGUACGGAAAAGUGACGGACGUUUGCAGAGAGCAAUGGCGAGUACCAGGACUCGGCGAUAAGGGCUCCUCGACACGGACGGUUAAUCUGCAGCUCAAGGGUGGCGUGACUUUGGAUGACCUGCCACACCAGCUGCGAGUGUGUGGCAUUACGGCCCUUGUGGUGGUACCGGGGAGACCGCCGCUUUGCCUGCGGUGUCAGCGAACAGGGCACAUUCGCCGAGACUGCCGCGUCCCACGGUGUAAGCUCUGUCGUCGGUUCGGACAUGACGAUAGCCAGUGCGCUAAAACCUACGCAAGCGUAGCAAGCCAAAGGAGCCGGGAGGACCCCACCGAGCACAUCAUGGACGAGGCGGACGCGGCGGAGGCUGCGGGCAUCAAGGACAAACAACCUACGUCGGCAGCUGUUGAAACGUCCGAGAAGGAACUUGCGAAAAGUGUUGAAAGCGACCACAGUGACGUGGCACCUGAACGACAGGUUACCGCUACGCCAACGUGCUCCGUCAAAGACGUCUCCGAUACCACUCAAGCCUCGCCGAGUAGCGACCAAGAAGACAUGGACGUCGCGAGCAGCUCGUCUGCGAAACGCCCACACACGCAAGUUUCCGAAAGUGACGAAGGGGGCAGCGGGAAGGCACAGGAGCCGCCCAGGAAAGAAAGUUCGUACCGCCGUCCUUCUUUCAAGCCAAAGCCUCACAUUCCGCCGGAUUCCAUUCCGACGGUACCGAAGGCGCCCCCGUAA